AUGGGAUUGGUGGAAUUAAUCAGCAGUCAAGACAACGCAGGCAAGGGCUCAGCAUCUUUCUCGAGUGAAAGCUCAGAGCAAAAAGGCAACCAGGCAACCAGGCAACCAGGCAUUGUGCAGGCCAAGGGGCUUUAUGUACUUGUGCCCGGGUGUCGGGAGUACGAUGUGAGGCCUGAGGAUCUAGCAAGGAUCGAAUUCUCGUACGCGUACCAUGAUCAACUGAGGAAAAUCCCCCCAGUUGAUCUUAGCAUGAGUCGGGGUAUCUCGAUGGGUCCUCCUGCAAGUCCACCUUCCCGUGUGUACUGGCCAACAUACCGAGAAAUGGGCAACGAAUUGAGUGUUGUCCUUUCUUUGCUCAGUAGCAGCUCAAAUCCGCUACAAGAGCUCCGUACGUGGAUUACAAGCCAAGACCAAAAAUUCGAAAGCCUGGACAUGCAGAACGACAAAGCAGGAUCGGCCGAUGUCCCUGCUGACCAAUACAAUACAAUGGAAGCAUUUGUCGACCACACUACCCUGCCUGCGCCUCCAAAUGAGGUCGAUUUUGACCCGCCAUUAGAAACCACUUUCACACCCAGUGACCUUACGAUGUUCAUGCUUCCUGUACAAGCUGGCUAUGGCACUACUAUGGGUUUUGAUUCCAGUCCACUCGAACAUAAAGACACGAACUUCCUGGACCUCUCUGAUCACCCAAGCCUGGUGGGUUUUCAGUUUGACCCAGAAUCAUCAUCAGUGACGAAGAAGUAA